AAACGCGGUUUAACAGCGAAGCUGCCUCCUCGGAAGAAGAGGAUGCAGAGAGUCGCGACGGCGCGCUGAAAGCCGCGGACCACAGCCCCUCUGCGAAGAAGAGCAUCGCGCAGAUUAUGAAGGGCAAGAAGAAGCAGACGCAGCUCACCCUGCAAUGGCUGGAAGAAAACUACAUUGUCUGUGAAGGAGUUUGUUUACCAAGGUGCAUCCUUUAUGCACAUUAUUUAGACUUCUGCAGAAAAGAGAGGCUGGAACCUGCCUGUGCUGCAACUUUUGGGAAGACCAUUCGCCAGAAAUUCCCUCUUCUUACCACAAGGCGGCUUGGAACAAGGGGCCAUUCAAAGUAUCACUAUUAUGGAAUUGGCAUUAAAGAAAGCAGUGCAUACUACCACUCUGUGUAUUCUGGAAAAGGCUUAACGAGAUUCUCUGGAAGCAAGUUAAAGAAUGAGGGUGGUUUCACUCGUAAAUAUUCUCUGAGUUCUAAAACUGGAACACUUCUCCCAGAGUUUCCAAGUGCUCAACACCUUUUGCUUCAAGGGUGCAUUUCUAAAGACAAGGUAGAUACUCUUAUCAUGAUGUACAAAACACACUGUCAGUGUGUCCUUGACAAUGCAAUUAAUGGGAACUUUGAAGAGAUUCGGCAUUUCUUACUACAUUUUUGGCAAGGAAUGCCUGACCAUCUUCUUCCCCUGCUUGAAAAUCCCAUCAUCAUUGACAUCUUCUGUGUUUGUGACUCAAUACUGUAUAAGGUCCUUACAGAUGUGCUCAUCCCCGCAACAAUGCAAGAAAUGCCAGAAAGUUUACUGACAGAUAUAAGAAAUUUUGCAAAAAACUGGGAGCAGUGGGUUGUUUCCUCUUUGGAAAAUCUACCAGAAAACCUGACAGAUAAGAAACUGCCUAUUGCACGAAGAUUCGUUUCUUCCCUGAAACGACAGACAUCUUUCUUACACCUAGCACAGAUUGCUCGGCCAGCCCUAUUUGAUCAGCAAGUGGUAAAUUCCAUGGUGUCAGAUAUUGAAAAAGUUGAUUUAAAUAGUAUUGGCUCUCAGGCACUCCUUGCAGUCUCAGGAAGCACAGACUCUGAUGGGGAAGUCUACAGCGAAU